CGUUUUACAUUUUACCACUUCAGGAGUGCCAGAUUGCGCUCGUACAUUCAGAGCGUUGUCAGAUUGUCCGUUUGUAAAUUCAGAGCGUUUGGCUCUCAUGGCACACACUGGACGCUCCGGCCGAGGAGUAGGGUUGAUUGAGCGUUGUAUAUAACGGCAUUCACGCACCCAAUCUAACGUUGGCUAGCUACUUCCAGACACGCAUGAGACCACAGACCAUUUUACUCGCCCUAGCAGAGUUGGGAAGGCAGUUUUCAUGUUAUCCGUUGGUGACUGCAACUGCUGCUGGCAACAAUUUAGUAACGUUUUUUUGCUGACGUUUACUGACACUGCCCAUAUUCAACUGGUGUUGAGCGCUCGUAAAUGAGUCAUGGUGAAGUGCAUAGCAAUAGUUCUGUCAGGGUGUGGGGUCUACGAUGGGACAGAGAUCCACGAGGCGUCUGCUGUGCUGGUCCACCUCAGCAGGGCUGGAGCUAAGGUCCAGAUGUUUGCCCCUGACGUGGAUCAGAUGCAUGUGGUGAACCACUGCGAGGGGAAACCCACGGCGGAGAAACGCAACGUCCUGCAGGAGAGUGCUCGUAUCGCCCGCGGUGACGUGUCAGAUCUUACCAAACUGGACAUCACCGCUUUCGACGCCCUCGUCAUCCCAGGUGGUUUUGGCGUGGCCAAGAACCUUUCUGACUGGGCUGUGAAGGGGAAGGAGUACACAGUUCAGCCCCAGGUAGAGAAGCUGAUUAAGGGGUUCCACGAAGUAGGCAAGCCCCUGGCUAUGUGCUGCAUCUCCCCUGUCCUAGCUGCUAGGGCCCUGCCGGGAUGUGAGAUCACUGUGGGACAGGACAACGAGUGUGAGAGAUGGCCCUAUGCCCAGACGGCAACCACCAUGACUGAGCUGGGCUGUAAACACGUGAAUAAGAAUGUGGGGGAGGUGCACGUCGACGUAAAGAACAAGCUGGUCACCACCUCUGCCUUCAUGUGUAACGCUCCAAUACACGAGGUGUUUGAUGGGGUGGGUGUCAUGGUUACAGAGCUGCUCAAACUGGCCUAAAGUCUGGGAAUCAGAAUGCUGAUUUUGUUUUUGUCCCAAAUGGCACUAUUCCCUUGUUAUAGUGCUUAUGGGCCUUGAUCAAAAGAAGUGCACUGUAUAGGAUGUCAUUUAGGACUCUCACUUGGAAUCAUGUUUGUUGUUUUCCUGGAGACCAUCCUGAUCUGAUUUUACUAGUGUCACUUACUGGAUUGUUUAAAAAGCUGAAACGGACAUCAGAAGCUACAUGUUUCUGUUGCACCAUAUGUACUGUGAUCUGUGCUACUAUUUAAAAUUGUAAUAAAAGUGAUGUAAAACAAUAAA